GUCCCAGGUAAGUCAAAAUAUGUAAAUGAUCGACAUUAUGACGGCGUUAAUAAUCGUUACAAGCAUAGUAUAAGACUAAUAUUUAUAUAAGUGAUGUUUUGCCCUACAUGACGUGUUAUUUUACCGAAUGCUGAGUUAAAUACUUGUGAGAACUCACGAUCUGAUAUCUAGCCUAGCGCCAUAAUUAUCCUGAAGGUCUUUCGCUCGAUUCCCAUCUGAAUCGCUUGCGAAUUUUUUCCCCAAGUUGGGAACGUACUGAGUAUUCGGUACAAUGAAACGGCAGGUAGGGCAAAGAAUCACUCUUAUGAUAUUCUCGCAAACUCACAUCGAAAUAUCAAAUGUUAAGUUGUGCUGAAUACCAAUAUGUAUAAUUGUUGCCUCUAUCAAAACAUAAGUUUUUCUUGAUCACUUAUACGACAGUCACAUUUUAUUGCGAAUAGAGGAGAGAACAUAAACAUUCAAGAGACAAAACUCAACAUUAUUAUGGCUAUUAAAAUUUGAAUUAUAUUGUAAUACAUUUAAGUAGACCUAUGUUUUUAACAAAUAGUUUAUUUCAUUGUUAUAGAAAGCUAUGGUAAGCAAUGAAAGUUGGGCUAUAAAGAUCGGUACCAUGUAUCUCGUUGAAAACGUAAGACAAAACAGGAGGCGAUCAGUAACAGAAAAGAAGAAGUGCACAGUGAUUGCCUUUGUUUCAUCAGUUAUUAUUGUGGAAGAUAAAGGUGAAUACCUGAGAGUGAUAGAGUGUACCCAUAAAAAUAAUAUCAAGUUUGGAAAACAAGAUUAUCAGAACAUGGACUGCAUGGGAGGUGAGAACCUGAUACUAACUACAUUUGACCCUCUUACCAACUUACCUAUCAAAGAAUAUGAAAUCAUACUCGAAAACAGUACUGAAAUACUGGAAUGGAUGAAAGCAUUCGAAUUUUGGGAAGAGGAAAAGCAAUUUCAAGAUAGCGAAUAUAUAAUUCCUGUGAAAGUAGGCUUACUGGAUACAGGCGUGACAAAUCCAACGUAUGAGGUUUUCCACAUUACAACAUACGAUUUCAACUAUUUCAUUGUUUACACGUUAUGUUUGGCUUGA